UUUCACAGAUGAAUACAAGGCCUAACGGCCUGCCUAAAUAUUUACUACGCUAUGCAAGGACAAAGAGCGAUAAAACAACCCCCAUUAUCCAAUUAGCUAUCCACAAAACCACUAAACGUCGCUACCCAAAAGAGUGAGUUAAACGCCUCUUUGGAUGAACGUUUUAGUACGAUUCUUGUUGAUCCUGUACACUUUGAUUGAUAACGCGCUUUUUUUCUUUUUCAAUUGAAAUGACAAUACACUUGGGAUUUUUUGUUGUCCCUCUUUUAUGCCUUCUUCUAAUUUACAGAAUGUUAUAAGCGGUGAUUUCGGUCUCCGCCAAGUAUUAUUAUAUUUGCAUUUAGGGGUGUAAGUUUCACAUUAAAUUUCGUUUAGCCAUUUUUGAUGGCAAAGUAAGAAUCUAGUUACUUCAGUUCCAGAUUUCGAGAUCUUAAUGGCAGUUGAGCACGACUUCUACCACUUAUCCAGACCAAAAUGAAAUAGACUUUUGAAAUAGACUUUUGAACUAUUAUCAAUUAUCAAGAGACAAUGGUCUCUUGCAAUUAUAUAUUGAAAGUAUCUGGAUAAAUAGGCAAAAAACCCCAAAUAGUCGUGUUCGUGAACGAGAAGAAUGAAUACAAUACACCAAAAACUGGCAAAGUCGAAUUCCAGUUUUUGGUGUAUUGAAAGUAUCUGGUAUAUGCAUUGCUUACAGUGCUAUAGAUUCUAUUGAAUUUACUUGCUUCUAAUAAGUUUAUUUAUUUCUUUGCUGGUGAGUUAUUAUGUUGCGAAGUUAUAGACUGGGCGAGAGAGGGACUGGGGCGAUUUACGCUGGAUUAUCGACCAGGCCUCGACUAGGUAUCGACCUAAUAAAGUCAGCAAAAAUGAAAGAAAAUGGCUACCAAUAAUGUAUAAAAGUAUAGGAGUGUUUUGGGCACUAAAUUAAUAUGGAGUUCCCUCAUCUUGGGAAGCAGUGCGCUUUGACAACCUGUAAACAGUUAGAUUUUUUGCCAUUCAAAUGUGACGCUUGUAGCAGAAUAUUUUGUAAGGAUCAUUACACAUAUAGAGAACACAAUUGUGAAAAUGCCUUUAAAAAGGACAAUCAAGUACCUGUAUGUCCCCUAUGCAACAAGCCAGUGCCUGUACCCCGUGGACAGCAACCAGAUAUCAAAGUUGGAGAACACAUUGACAAUGACUGCCAGUCAGACCCUGCCAUACAGAAACGAAAGGCAUACACCAACAAGUGUUCAGUUAAGGGAUGCAAGCAAAAAGAAUUAAUCAAAGUGCGUUGUGAAUCUUGUCGUCAAAACUAUUGCCUAAAGCAUCGGCACGAGCAGGAUCAUAAGUGCACAGCAUCAGCAGGCGCCGGUGGAGUGGUAGGCAGCAAGAAAUCUGCAGCAGCAACUAAAGCAGGUCAAGCAGCGGCUGCAAGAUUCCAAUUCAAACCCAAAGGAUCCAAACCUCAGCAAACAUCUUUAUCGUCGUUUGGCAGUGAAUUGGAUAGGGAAAGAAGAGAAAGACAGUUGAGUCAACAAAGAAAUGCCACACCCAUUCAACAGCCUGCUCUGAGUGAAGAUGAGGCCUUAGCCCUGGCGAUACAGGCAUCGCUGAGUAGUGAGCCUACUCAACAGCCAUCAAAACCACUGACAGUACAAGAGCAAGAUGACUUGGCACUUGCACAGGCCCUAGCACAAUCAGAAAAAGAUGAAGCUGAGAGAAAGAGAAGAGCCCAGCAGGCGCAAAAUGAGAAGAAGUCUGACUGUCUGUUAUCUUAAUCACAUCUUUAAAUAUCUCAACUAGCAGCAUUGCAUGAUAAAGCCUAUAUCAAUUUUUUUUGGUGUACUCUACUCAAAUGUCAAGGUUCCGAAAGUUCCAGAUUAUUGUUACAACUAUUGUUGUAUUUAUUAUGAGCUAUAUUUUAUUAGCAAACCAUUGCCAUGUUGAUCAUGACAUUUAAUACAUAUAAAAUAAUAGCAAGAUUCUCUCAUUGACACAAUGAUAUUAUCUACACUAAUACAUAGCUAAAAAACCUUUUGCUUAUCUGCUGUUAAGGCACUUUAUGUUAUAAUGUAUUGUCUUAUUAUUUAUUGUUCAAUAAAUCCUGGGUUGAAAAUA